CGAUGCAAGACAGCAGGCCACUGGGGCUAGCCGGUCUGGCGCUGCUCCUCAUGGCCGCCGGGACGGGAGCAAGGCCGCGGCCCGCAGGCCCCGGGGACCAGCCCCUAUCUAAUGUGGUGUUGGUGGCCUGCGACUCCUUGGAUGGACGCUUGACAUUUUUGCCAGGAAAUCAGACUGUGGAUUUACCUUCCAUAAAUUUUAUGAAAAGACAUGGCACUGUAUUUCUCAAUGCCUACACCAAUUCUCCAAUUUGUUGUCCUUCCCGCGCAGCUAUGUGGAGUGGUCUUUUCACUCAUAUAACAGAAUCUUGGAAUAACUUCAAAGGUCUAGAUCCAGGUUAUGUAACAUGGAUGGAUCUCAUGGAGAAGCAUGGCUACCAUACACAGAAGUUUGGGAAAUUGGACUAUACUUCUGGACAUCAUUCAGUAAGUAACCGUGUGGAAGCUUGGACUAGGGAUGUUAAUUUCCUGCUCCGACAAGAAGGAAGACCCAUGGUGAAACUUAUAGGCCAUAGGAAGCAGUUUAGAGUAAUGGAAACAGAUUGGCGGAAUACUGAUAAAACUGUAAAUUGGAUAAAGGAAGAAGCUGUUAACUUUACUCAACCAUUUAUUCUUUACUUGGGACUAAAUUUACCACACCCGUAUCCAUCACCCUAUGCGGGAGAAAAUUUUGGAUCCUCUACAUUUUUAACAUCUCCCUAUUGGCUUGAAAAGGUAAAUUAUGAAGCUAUUAAAAUACCCAAGUGGUCUUCUGUUUCAGAGAUGCAUCCAGUUGACUAUUACUCAUCGUACACCAAGAAUUGCACAGGAGAGUUUACAAAGGAAGAAGUGAGAAACAUUAGAGCAUUUUAUUAUGCUAUGUGUGCAGAGACAGAUGCCAUGCUGGGAGAGAUUAUUUCAGCUCUGCGAGAUACUGGGCUUCUUGGAAAAACAAUCAUUAUAUUCACUGCAGAUCAUGGAGAACUUGCUAUGGAACACCGUCAGUUCUAUAAAAUGAGCAUGUAUGAGGGAAGUUCCCAUGUUCCUCUUUUAGUUAUGGGGCCAGGUUUAAGAGAACAGCACCAAAUAUCAAAUGUAGUAUCUCUUGUGGAUAUCUAUCCUACUAUGCUUGAUAUAGCAAGAAUUCCUGUCCCUCAGAACCUCAGUGGAUAUUCUCUUAUACCGCUGCUACGUGAAAAGGCUGAGAGCAAAGCAUCACCCAGAGGAUCUCGGCCCUCAUGGGUGCUGAGUGAGUUCCAUGGAUGCAAUGUGAAUUCCUCUGUGUAUAUGCUGAGAACUGGCAAGUGGAAAUAUAUCACAUACUCGGAUGGCUCUUCAGUACUGCCCCAGCUCUUUGACCUUACUGCUGAUCCAGAUGAGCUUACAAAUCUUGCCAUAAAAUUCCCAGUAACUGUACAUUCUUUGGACAAAAUACUUCGCUCUAUAGUAAACUAUCCAAAGGUUUCUUCUUCUGUUCAGGAGUAUAACAAACAACAUUUUAUCAGUUGGAAACAAAGUUUGGGUCACAAUUACUCAAGUGUUAUUGCAAAUCUUAGAUGGCAUCAAGACUGGUUAAAGGACCAAAAAAAGUAUGAGAAUGCAAUUGAAUUGUGGCUUGGUAAGUAGAUACAGACAACCUGGGUUUCAUUUGAAUGAGGAAAUAAAAACAUUAUGCAUUUAUAAUAUUAUGCUGCAUUUCAAAUGUUAGAAUUAUUUUCAUAUAUACCCUAUUGAAAGUAAAGAUAACUGAACUGUUGCUGCUUUGUGUCAGAAAGCCAAGAGUAUUUUAUAUAACUAGCUAGUACAACAAAACUAGAGUUUUAGAUGUUGUGUAAGUGUAAGUAAGUGUAUAUAGAAAGGGUAGCAUGCAAAUACUAAUUGUGUGUAUGUAAUAUUUAGCUUAUUGCAAAAGUACGGAGUAUUAAGCAUUCAAACUCAAUAGGAACUUCCAUUUAUAAGGAAAAGCAAGGAUUAUAAAAUUUAGUAAAGUAAACUGCCAGUUACAGUGAAAUUCCCUGUGUGUAAAUCUAGAUUAAAUAGACAUUCAUCAAAAAGUUGGUAACCAGUACAGGUCUGAACAUAGAUGUGGUUUAUGCGAGUACUUAACUAUAUCAGCAUUCCUGUGUUACAUGUGAUUGAUUCCCCGCGUUUUCAAGGCCUGCCUGCUAAUCUCAUGCUGCUCUCUGGUCAUCAUCAUAAAUUUAAAACAAAAACAAAAACAAAAACAAAAAACCCCUUUUUGCCAAACCUAUGAGUAGAGCAGUUCUCUGAGAAAUGAUAGGGUGAUUUGCAUAACAUAAAAUAAAAACUGCUUGAAUGCAGUUAGAUUCUGCAAGUAGAUCCUUUAAUGCACAUCAGUGAGUGGAGAACUGAAACCUAAAAUGUACAGAGAGGAGACACAAUUGAAGCUUGCAGCAAGAAAAAUACUGGUUUCCAUUUUUCCAGUGACUUGACCAAAAAGAAGUAGUUUUGGAAAAAGGUAAGAUUUAGGUAACAACUCUUCCAUUUACGGGAAUAUGUAAUUACAGCAGCUAGAUUUGCUAAUUCUUGGUCACCAUCAUUGCUGCUAUAGUACCAGUUCAGAAUGACAUUAUACUUAACAUAUAAAAUGUUUUCUGGAAUCUGUUUUAAAUGCACAGUAAUAGCAGUAAGCCAGUAAAAAUAAACAUAAAAAGAAGACAUAUUUUCUGAUGGCUCCACACUCAUUUCAUGAGCAGCUUCCCACACAGAGUUAAAAAAUCUUGAAACCCUGUAGCACGUGCCAUUAUAAUUCUUCUUAAAAUGAAUUUGGGUAUGGUUGAAAUUACUUAAACAAAAUAAAUGGGCUGCAUAAUUAGAGGAAGUAUUUAUAUUCAUGUGAAAAUUUACUCAAGAGAAAAAAGAAUAAAGAGAUUUCCUCACUUUCUAGAGGCCUGGACAGAAUGCAGUACAUUGUCCAAAAUGGAGUAAAAUAAAAUUUUGGUGAACUGAA